UGACAGCACCGAGAAUUUCACAAUUCCUCAGUUCCGUCUGAAGAAUAUUCAGCAGCCAGUAUCAGGGCAUUCAUAUAGCUGUGAAGCAAUAAUUACUGCCCUUUCAUUCGCGGCAAGGUGCAGAGUGACGUCCAUGACCAGAGCUCAUCUUCAGACCGUGGUGACAAGUUGAAGACACGCCACCCAUCUUCUUCUUCUUCCUUUUCUUCUUCAUCGUCACCUUGUGUGCGAGCGGUUGUUUUGUGAACUAUAGCUUACUCCAGUCAGUCUCCGUCCCACAGCCCUCUACAGACCGCGGCAGACACUUCCAGCAGGAAUCGCUGCACCCUCUCAAUCCAUUCAGCCGAGCCGAGAGAGAGGAGCGAAGAGAGGCAACAGUGACUAGUCUACUAAACCAACCGUUUGAAACCCUAGAAAACAAAGCCAACAAACUUUCCGCCCUGGAUUCAUUACUUUUGAUCCAUGGACAGAGCCUUUUCCCGAGCCAGUCCAGGCACAGGCACGCCAUGAGCAGCCCAUACUCAUUGGUGGGAGUGCCCUCUGCUGACUGGAGGAGUAUGGAGCGGCGCAGUGAGAGCCCCGGUCUGAGGGACAGCCCUGAGCGGAGGAGCAGCAGCCCUGACACCAAGGGCCCUCCGCCCGGGAAGAUGGGGCGCCUAGAGCAGAACGGGAGCCCCACGGGGGCCCGGAGCCGCCUCAACGGGGCCACAACGCGCUCACUCGGAGGUCUCAUGAUCCCAGUGUUCUGUGUGGUGGAGCAGAUGGACAGUCCCCCAGAUGUGGACGGUCGAGAGGAGCACGCCGAGUUUGUGUUGGUGCGGAAGGACGUCCUCUUCAAGCAGCUGGUGGAGACGGCUUUGCUGGCACUGGGGUACUCCCACAGCUCGGCCGCGCAGGCCCGGGGGAUCAUCAAGGUGGGUCGUUGGAACCCGCUCCCGAUCCACCACCUGAGUGAAGAGCCCGAGGCCACGGUGGCAGACAUGCUGCAGGACGUGUACCACGUGGUGACGCUGAGGAUCCAGCUGCAGAGCUGUGCCAAGCUGGAGGACUUGCCUGCGGAGCAGUGGAACCAUGCCACUGUGCGCAACGCCCUGAAAGAGCUGCUGAAGGAGAUGAACCAGAGCACACUGGCCAAGGAGUGCCCUCUCUCACAGAGUAUGAUCUCCUCCAUCGUGAACAGCACCUACUACGCCAACGUCUCCACUGCUAAGUGCCAGGAGUUCGGCCGCUGGUACAAGAAAUACAAGAAGGUUAAAGGGGAUUACUUAGAGAAGAUGUGGGCAGGAAGAGAAAACACAGAAAUCAAAGUGGAGAGAGACAACCUGUCUGAGUUCUGUGUCCUGGGCCAGCGUCCCUCACACCUGCCCGGCCUGACCCAGCUGAGCUUGCUGGGAGGAGGGGGGGAGCAGCGGGAACCUCAAAAGCAGCAGCAGCAGCAGCAGCCAUCCCCUCACAGCCAGCUGCACCACAGCCCCCCCCUGCGCAGCCAGGUACCCCCCGGAGCCACGCUGCAGCCCCUCAUGGGCCCCGCAGGCCUGCUCUCACACCAGCUCAACCCCCAGCUGGUCCGGCAGCAGCUGGCCAUGGCGCACCUCAUCAACCAGCAGCUAGCGGUCAGCCGGCUCCUCGCGCACCAGCACCCCCAGGGCAUCAACCAGCAGUUCCUGAACCACCCGCCCAUCCCGCGCCCUGCCAAGCCUGCGGAGCCUGGCUCCAUCCCCAGCGGCGUGGAGGUCUCGCCCGAAAUCUACCAGCAGGUGCGGGACGAGCUGAAGAGAGCCAGCGUAUCACAGGCCGUCUUCGCCAGGGUGGCUUUCAACAGGACGCAGGGCCUGCUUUCUGAGAUCCUGAGGAAGGAGGAGGACCCGCGUUCAGCUUCGCAGUCGCUGCUCGUGAACCUGAAGGCCAUGCAGAACUUUCUGAACCUCCCUGAGGCCGAGCGGGACCGAAUCUACCAGGAGGAGAGAGAGCGCAGUAUGAACCCAGCCACAGGGCUGCCCUCCCCCAGCACAGCCCCUCCGGGGGUCCCGCGCCUGCCGCAGUUGAAGCCCCCCGGCCCCAGCCCAGACUUGCCCAUGAAGGUGGAGAGUCUGGGAAUGUGCAUCACCUCCAUCAUCUACGAUGAGAUCCAGCAGGAGAUGAAGCGAGCCAAGGUGUCCCAGGCACUCUUCGCCAAGGUGGCUGCCAACAAGAGCCAGGGCUGGCUGUGUGAGCUGCUCCGAUGGAAGGAGAACCCAAACCCGGAAAACCGCACACUGUGGGAGAACCUGUGCACUAUCCGGCGCUUCCUGAGCCUACCACAGUCGGACCGGGACCUGGUGUACGAGGAGGAGUCACGGCACCACCACAGCGAGAGGCUGCAGCACACCACCAUACACCCGCCUGCAGAGCCGAGCCAGCAGGUGCUUCACAGGCAGUCCUCGCAGCCUGCCAAGGAGAGCUCCCCCCUGCGCGAGGAGCCCGUGUCGACGCCUAUGGGCAGCGGCUGUGAGGAGAGCGGAGGUGGAGGCGGCGGUGUGAAGAAACCUCGCUCCCGCACCAAGAUCUCCCUGGAAGCCCUGGGCAUCCUGCAGAGCUUCAUCCAAGACGUGGGGCUGUACCCGGACCAGGAGGCCAUCCACACGCUGUCCGCCCAGCUCGACCUGCCCAAACACACCAUCAUCAAGUUCUUUCAGAACCAGCGCUACCACGUGAAGCACCAUGGCAAACUGAAGGAGCACGUGGGCGGAGCUGGCAUUGACGUGUCCGAGUACCGCGAGGAGGAGCUGCUCUCCGAGUCCGAGGAGACCGGGGACAGCGAGGACGGGCCUGAGGACAUGUAUGGAGUGGAGAGCACGGAGGACAGCAAGGACAAGAGCCACAACAACCUCAGCACCUCCACCACCACCAGCCCAGAGCAGCACAGAUAAUACCCCAGAGAACAGGGGGCCAAGGGAGCUGGGAGCAGGAGGGGGUAUGAAAUUCCAAACAAACUAAAUAAACAAGGACAGGGGCAAGGUCCCUCCCCCUGGCAGCUUCUUUCACACCAACAUCUGGCCUUUUGAGGCAGCAGAGCAGCUGAUAUUGAGAGACAGAGUAUUUACAGGGUCGAGAGCGAUUAAACAAGCAAGCACGUUUCAAAACCUCCUCUCUUAUUAGUUAGUGGAACACAUCAGAAAGGAAUUUCCUACAAACCUCCCCAACCCCCUAAUGUGAUAUUGAACUAUUACAGACCCUGAGAUGAUCAAGGACAGGAGGUUGGCGGAGGUCCCCCUCUUUACCCGUCUGUCUCACCUCUGCAGACCCGUCUUCACCCCACCCUACCACACCCUCAACGGAGGAGCUCUCCUGGUUUAACAGAUGCGCAGGAUAUCUCUCUUUUGGUUCUCAGCUCUCCCAGUCCACUCCUUGCUGCUCUCCUUCUCAAGAUCUGAUCAGCUCCUCUGAGUGCUGUCGCUGCUCACAGGAAGACAGUUUCACACCAGCAGGUGGAGGUUAUUUAGAAAACUCUGGAAUACCCCCCUCCUCCUAUUACCUCCCCCUUGCCCUCCCAGGUCCUGAAACCAGCCACACGGUUCUGUAUUCCAGGUUUACCCUGGGCUUAUGUGUCCAAAGAACUGGGAUUCACCAGAGAAAUUGUGAUCAGAGAGCCACAUCACCUCACGUCAUUGUGCAGCUUCACCCACACAGUCUUCAUAACUGUGCGUGCGUGUUCCGGGCUGCAGUGAAGAGAGAUCUCUGACCUCGCUCUCUCCUCUACAUUCCUUUGCACCGAUUCUCAGCUCAGCAGUAUUACACAGAGAGAGGGAUGAGGGAAGCAGGGCUUACUUCACAGCAGAUUUGCCUCUCUUUGUUGCACUUAAAAUUGUGGGGGGGUGGGACGACAAUGGAAGUUAUAUGAGAAGAAAGAAAGAGCAGUGAAGCCUGCCUCUGUGUUUAUGUACAGCACAUGCAUUGCAUGGGAUAGAAACUACACCAGACUGUGAAACGUAUUCUCUUUAAGGAAAGGGAAUCUGCACACUAUUUCUGCUCCUCAACCACUUCACAAUGAGUGGAUCUGGCUCCAAGAAUGCCUCUCGCUCUCAGGGCGUGGUGCCUGUUUAUUCUUGAUCCCUAUUUAUUUUCUAUGUUUAUCCGUGAUUAUUAUUAUCUUUUUUUUUUUUUUUUUUUUUUAAAGAAAUCCCUAUGGCUUCCUGUCUGGUGGCUUUUCUGGGAAUAUUUGAGGCAUGUAUUUUGAGAAGAAAAAAAGAGAAAAAAUCUACAGAGAAGAAUGAGUGAAUGACAAAAUGUAAAAUUAUAAUAAUAAAAAAUAAAUAAAGAUUCUUGUGAAACAGAAAAUAAUCUACUUUUGCUCCAUUACUCAACAAUCCCGUUGUUUCCACUGUCAAGAGGCGAAGGCUCUUGGUUCGUUCGUCUGUCUCCCUGGCAGAAAGCUCUUGUCCAGACACAGAGGUAUCUGUUUCCACUGAAUCCAUUGAAUUCCUAAAAAUCAGGGCUGUGAUUCUCAAAAACACUGACACUGACACAGAGGUUCAAGGGACCUUAUUUUUGAUUUUGCUAAAGAACACAAAUCACUACAUAUCUGAACCUGUCUGCUUUUUAUUUGUUUCUUUGUAUUUUCUUUUAUUUCCUAUUACAAAGAGGGACCAGCUUGCUGAGUUAUUUGGUUUCCAACAAUUCAAAAGAAAAUUGAAUCAUCAUCUUAGCUUUCUUCAAUGCAAGAACGUAGCAACCCACAGUAAGGAUUAAUUGAGCUGGCUAUUCCCAGUCCUGGCUGGCUGAGUUCUGUCUGUACCGUAUUUAACCCUUUGUGUUUGACUGUGUAGCCUUGUUUGGCGCGUGCAGGUUACCUCACUACAGCACACACGCCCUCCAUGUUCAGACUGCUCUGGGAUCAGAAGAAGAACGGGGCAUGCUGCAAUAUCAGUUGCAAUGUCACACUGAUAACUCCUUCUUGUUCUUUCCACCUGUGCUGAGCUAUCUUGCGGUCAAGAGAUUUAACAUCCCAGAUAGCAGCAGUGAUAACCAGCAGACCCACCCUCUCACACACUGUUCUCAGCACAAGGAUUUGCAGGUUCAAAUCCUGAGCCACACCUUGUUCGUCUCUAAUGUGAGCUACUCCAAUGCCAGCACCCAGUAUGGUGCAGGGUAUCUGUGGGGACCAGGUUCAUGUCUCCCUAAUGUUUAAGCCCACGGCUUGUUGUUGGAAACCCCAAGGUGGCCCAGAGUCAAUGGCAAGGUGGACAGGGUUAGGAAUUAUGAGCAGAGCGAGGGUGGGGGUUGACUGUUAGUUUGAAAAUGCAUUGAGAUCAAUGGGAAACUCACGUUAGUCCAAAUAGAGAUUUAUGUUUCAUGUUAAUAAAUAUUGUACCCCUAGUGGCAGAAUACUGGAAGCAGUUGCACCCCAUCUAGUUAGCUUAUGU